UGGUAUCCUUUUCAUGGUUCAUACUUGGAAACAAAAAUGAAUUCUUUGGAGCAUGAGACUUCUAAGAGGUACUGUAUAAGGAAAACACAUGUGGCCAUUAUCUGUGCAGUGGUGGCUGCUGUGGGAUUAAUAGUAGGGCUUUCAGUGGGACUGACCAGAUCUUGUGACACAUCUGAGGAUUCUGGACAAACCCCCACCAUACCGGGCUCUUCAUCUUCAACUCCUUCAACUCUCCCGCCACAUGAGGCCAGUCCUUGCCCUGCCAGUACUGAUGAAAAUGGCCCGUGGACGAGUUUUCGACUGCCCGCACACAUCAACCCUGUGCACUACGAUCUGGAGGUGAAGCCUGUGAUGGAAGAGGAUACUUACACAGGCACAGUCACCAUCCAUAUCAAUGUGACAGAACCCACCAAAUACCUGUGUCUGCAUCUCCGGGAGACGUGGAUCACCGAGCCAUCUCCUGCGCUAAAGAAAUCCUCAGGCGAGGAGGUCCCAGUGAAGCGAUGCUUUGAGUACAAGGCGCAGGAGUAUGUGGUAAUUGAGGCUGAGAAUGAACUGCCUCGAAACGAUGGAGGGAGCACCUAUCUCCUGACCAUGAACUUCAAAGGCUGGCUCAAUGGCUCCCUUGUUGGGUUCUACCGGACCACCUACACAGAGGAUGGAGUAACCAAGAGCAUAGCAGCUACAGAUCACGAGCCAACAGAUGCACGGAAAUCAUUUCCUUGUUUUGAUGAGCCCAACAAAAAAGCAACUUACACAAUAUCUAUCGUCCAUCCAAAAGAAUAUAAUGCACUUUCAAAUAUGCCAGUAGAGAGAACAGAGCACGUGGAUGACAAAUGGAACAGAACCAUUUUCAUGAAGUCUGUCCCAAUGAGCACGUACCUGGUGUGCUUUGCUGUGCAUCAAUUUAUAAGUGUGGAGAGAACGUCAGCUAAAGGAAUUCCUCUCAAAAUCUAUGUCCAGCCACGUGAAAGACAUACAGCUGAAUAUGCUGCAAACAUCACCAAAGCUAUAUUUGACUUUUAUGAAAGUUAUUUUGCAAUGAGUUAUUCCCUUCCAAAAUUAGAUAAAAUAGCCAUUCCAGAUUUUGGCACGGGUGCUAUGGAAAACUGGGGUCUUAUCACAUACAGAGAAACCAAUCUGCUUUAUGAUCCCAAGGAGUCGGCCUCUUCAAACAAACAAAGAGUGGCUGCUGUGGUGGCUCAUGAACUCGUUCACCAGUGGUUUGGCAAUAUUGUGACCAUGGAUUGGUGGGAAGACUUGUGGCUAAAUGAAGGAUUUGCCUCUUUCUUUGAGUUCCUAGGAGUAAAUCAUGCAGAACCAGAUUGGCAAAUGCUUGACCAGGUAUUACUUGAAGACGUUUUGCCAGUGCAAGAAGACGACUCCUUGAUAUCUUCUCACCCAAUUGUUGUAAAUGUGACAACCCCUGAUGAAAUAACAUCUGUAUUUGAUGGAAUAUCCUAUAGUAAGGGAGCCUCCAUUCUUAGAAUGCUUGCAGACUGGCUAACCCCAGAGAAAUUUCAACUUGGAUGUCAACAAUACUUGAAGACAUAUGAGUUCAGAAAUGCGAGAACAGAUGAUUUUUGGGACGCGCUGGAAAAGGCAAGUAAUAAACCAGUGAAAGAAGUGAUGGACACAUGGACUAGGCAGAUGGGUUACCCUGUUUUGACUGUAGAAAAUAAUCGGCAAGUGUUACAGAGUCGUUUCCUGUUGGACCCCAAAGCAGAUCCUUCACUGCCAUCUUCUGAUUUUGGUUACAAAUGGAAUAUUCCAAUUAAAUGGUCCGAAGGGAGCAACGAUAGUGUUUCAUUCUACAAUGUGUCAGAGACGGCAGGAAUCGUUUUGAACCCUAAUUCCAGUGGAAAUACUUUUACAAAGAUAAACCCAGACCAUAUUGGAUUUUAUCGUGUAAAUUAUGAAGUGUCAACUUGGAAUACAAUAGCUACAGAGCUUCUCAGCAACCACUCGGUGUUUUCUUCUGGUGAUCGGGCAAGUUUUUUUGAUGAUGCCUUUGCUCUGUCAAGGGCCAGUCUUCUGAAAUACAGUGUUUCUCUGAACCUGACCUUGUAUCUGAAAAAUGAAAACGACUACUUACCAUGGCACAGAGUUAUAUCAGCACUAUCUUAUAUAACCAGCAUGCUUGAAGAUGAUACAGAGGUGUAUCCUCUGCUUAAGGAAUACCUCCGAAGUCAGGUGAAGCCUUUGGCAGAUUCUCUGAGAUGGGAAGAUGAAGGAGGACAUCUUGAAAAGUUACUUCGUUCCUCGGUUCUAGGGUUAGCAUGCAAGAUGGGAGAUACAGAUGCACUCAACAAUGCUUCUGAAUUAUUUAAGAAGUGGCAAAAUGGAGCUAGUCAACCUGUGAAUCUUCGGCUUCUGGUGUACCGAUAUGGAAUGCAGAACUCAGGAGAUGAAGCCUCAUGGAACUACAUGCUCUCACUGUACCAGAAUACCACUCUAGCUCAAGAAAAAGAAAAAUUGCUUUAUGGAUUAGCAUCUGUGAACGAUGUUACUCUUUUAUCAAGGUAUCUGGACCUUCUCAAGGACACCAACAUCAUCAAGUCCCAGGAUGUGUUUACUGUUAUCCGAUAUAUUUCAUAUAAUAGCUAUGGCAAGUACAUGGCCUGGGACUGGAUACGAUUGAACUGGGAAUAUUUAAUCAACAGGUUCACUCUCAAUAACCGAAACCUUGGCCGAAUUGUGACGAUAGCAGAGCCAUUUAACACUGAGUUCCAGCUCUGGCAGAUACAGACCUUUUUUAAUAAAUACCCUGAAGCUGGAGCAGGAGCAGCUUCUCGAGAGAAUGUUCUGGAAACAGUGAAGAAUAACAUUGAGUGGUUGAAACGUCACAGAGAGGACAUUAAAGAGUGGCUGCUUUAUGCUACCUCUAGCAAUAGCUAAGGAAUUUAAAAUAUAUUUUAAUUUUAUGAAUUCAUUUUUCCUUCCAUUAAGCAUUUAGGAGGCUGAUUUCAGAAAUACUAUGGCUAUAGACUAAAAGCACAAAUACUACCACUUGCCAGGGUGUGUGUGUGUGUGUGUGUGUGUGUGUGUGUGUGUGUCUUUUGAAAAGGUUUUUUAAAAAAUCCCCCUUUGUUUAUGAGGAAGAUACUAGCAGAGUAUUGUAUCAACUCAGGGAUUCCUUCUGAGUGUACUUUAUAGGAGAUCCUUUACACAUUGAAGAGAAUUUAAUAGUCAUUUAAUGUCUUUAAGGAUCAUUCUUUACAUCUUAAACCUGUGGGGGAAAAGGAACAUUUUAGUCUUAGCUUUUACAUUCUUAGGACCAAAGAAACACCACUUAAUCUUCUCUCCUGAUAGAUUUUUAAAGUUUAAAUACCGGCACUUGAGGGACCAAUAUCACCAUCUUAAUCUUUGUUUUAUUAUUCAGAAUCCUACAGACCUAAUUUCAUUUUAUUCACAUUUGUCUUACUACUUUAAAUCCUGUCAAAGUAACUAGAGCUUAAGUCAGACUCAAUGAGUGCAUGAAUUAGCCGGAACAGUAAGACGACAGUUGCCUUCACUUUCUACAAAAUCAACACGAGAA